CUCCUGCCCCCCAAAGCCAGAGGUACAGGGGUCAGGACUGGACUCCUGAGAGUUUCCGAUCUCUCUAUUCUUCUUCGCCCAAGCAGGGUGCAGUCAGAAACCUCUAGCCGAAUCUGGGCAUGAGGAAACAGAGGAGAAGGGCCUCUGUGGGUUUGCUCUGCCAAUUUCCUGGACUCCUGACCUGAAUCCAGGGGCGGUUGAGCUUGAAGUUGGAUGGAAAGUCAUGGAGAAAUAUGAGAAAAUCCUGACCAUUGGCCGAGGGUCAAGCGCGGAAGUCUUCCUCAUGAAGCAUGUAGGAACGAAGAAGAUGUUUGCUGUGAAAAAAGUGAGGGUGGAUUCAUCCAAGGGAAACAGGAACAGAGAGGCUGCCCUGCAGGAGGUGGCUAUCCUGAGACAACUCAGGCACCCCCAUAUCGUCACUUGCCAUGACCACUUCCUGGAUCCCCAGGAGGAGAAUGUCUUCAUUGUCCAGGACUACUGUGAGGGUGGCACCUUGGAUGACCGCAUCAAGCAGAGGCAGGAAGCAGACUACUUUCAUGAAGCUAUGGUCAUGGAGUGGUUCGUGCAGCUGGUCUUAGCGGUUCAACACAUCCACUCCUCAAAAAUCCUGCACAGAGAUAUCAAGGCCUCCAAUGUGUUCCUCACCCGGCUGGGACAGGUGAGGCUGGGGGAUUUUGGCAUCUCGAAGGUCAUGAGCGGCACUCUGGAUAUGGCGAGCACCUUCGUCGGGACUCCCAUGUAUCUGAGCCCGGAGCUGUGCCAAGAUGUGCCCUACAGCACUAAGUCAGACAUAUGGGCCCUGGGUUGUCUUCUCUUUGAGAUGUGUGCCUUAAAACCAGCCUUCAGUGCCACAAAUCUGGUCAGCCUGUUUUACAAAAUCGUGAGAGGUCAGCAGGAAGCUGUCCCUGGGUGUUACUCGGCAACUCUGAGCUCUUUGCUUAGCUCCAUCCUCCAUAAGAGCCCAGAAGGAAGACCGAGUGCCAGCCAGCUCCUCAAUGACUGUUUUGUCCAGCAUCAUCUCCGGCUCUUUCUCUGCCAACAAGAGGCCCAGCCUUACAGAUGGCAGCAGCUGGACCAGAGCCUCUGCCAAAUAGACCUUGAUAGUUGUUCCAAGGCAGCGCGCCUUCCAAGCGAAACUCUGCCAGAUUUGGGAGACCCCGAGAAUGAGGAAUUCGGGCCAGGGUUAGGCUCACCCAGAUCCAGGCCUGAACCCAAGGUGGCAGGAGAUUCCGAAGACCCCUCUAGCUCUGAGGACAGCUGCACAGACUACUCUGAAGAUUUUGAAAGCCAUUCUACUUCUUCAGGAGAGGAGAGUCCAGAAUGGGAAGCCUCUGAUCCCACUCCUAUCGAAGAAAUCUCUGAGGCGUUUGAAGCCUUCGCUGAGGCAGAUGAGAGUGAAUAUCCUGAUGACUUUGAGGAAUAUGAAGAGAGUCAGCUGGAGACAAGCAGCUUUCACAGUACAAAGAAGCUACAGCCUGAAGACGGGAGCUUCCAGGAGGAAUUUGAAGACUGCCAGGUCCCGCCUGAUUUCUCUGUCGCCCCAAAAUCCUUUCAGGAGAAGUGUAUUGGUGGAGUCUUCCACUCAGACUGCAGGGAAAGAAGCUCCAAGACCAGUCAAGGAGCUCAAUUUGUCUGCACUGGGCCCUGGGCCUCAUCUUUUCUCCCAUUGAGCAUCAAGUGACUUCUCUCCCUGCCUGACUCUGGGGGCUGUCAGGGGCUCUCUGUGCACCCUGGGGAGUUAGGGUUAGGGGUAGGGUUAGUCAAGGAGCUUAACUUGUCCCCACUGGACCCUGAGCUUCAUCUUUUCUCCCAUUGGGUGACCUGAGCCCUUAAAAUGACUUCUCUCCCUGCCACACUCUGGGUCUCUCUGUGCCCCUCUUCUCUGCUGACCUCCCAUCCUUUGGGAACUAGGGCUGGGACUUCUUCCUCGUAAGCCACAUCCACUCAAAGCCUCUGCCAGACAACCCAAGGUCCCCCCCAUGCUCAAAGACGAUGUAGGUUCCUGUGGCGGUCGAGCCCUCUGGCUUUUUAGCCAAUCAACCCCGCCAGCAAGCCCCAGGCUACUAUUGAUUGAUGGAUCGACUGGAUGGAACAGGCUAUGGAAAGACAGGAGGGAUACAUGAGGGCCCUGAUGCCUCCAGCAGAGCCGAUUAAUUGUGGCAUUGUGUGGAUGGAGCAUCUCAGAAUAUGAAUGUUGCAUGAGGAUUAUCUAGUACUGAAAAUUUGGAAAAGCAAUGACCUAAUAUUAAAAAGCUGGGGGAGGGGACGAUCACCAAGAGUGGCCCUUUCACUUAUGAAUUUUAACCUACUUGAACAAGAAUCCUAAUUUGUAAAUGUUUGCUUUUUCAUGUCACUUAUCUAUCAUUUUGUAACUUCCUUAUGAGGAUCUACCUUCAUUUGGAUUUGUGUUGUUUGAG